AUGAACCACAAGGCGCGGACCCCAGCUCCCUCCUCGGUCCGAACCUCGACCCCAGUGCGAGCCUUGAUCCCCGUCCGGACCCAAACUCCCGUCCGGACUCCGACCCCGGCCCAGACCCCGACUCCAGUCCGGACCCCGACUCCUGUCCGGACUCCGAUCGCGAUCCGGACCCCGACUUCUGUCAGGACUCCGAUCCCGAUCCGGAAUCCGACCCCGGUCCGGAAUCCGACUCUGGACGGGACUCCGACCCCGGUCCCUGCCCAGGCUCCCGUCCGUUUCCCAGUCCCGGCCCCGGCACCACGUUUGGUUCCGGCUUCGAUCCUGGCCGCGGUCCCUGCGGCAGAAUCUGUUCCGAACCCGGACCAACCUUUGGGUCUGCGCUCAGAACCUGCUCCAGAGUCAACGGGGUCUUCAGAGCAGGAUGUCGCCCCGAGUCCCGCGCACGCGCCCUCGGUCCUCAGCUUAGCUGGGCCCACCGAGGGGCCCCUGCCCGCGCUCGCCUACACCCUGGCGCCCUCCGUGGGCUCCACCACCAUCGCGGACCUGGACCUGUCGGCCACCCAGCUGAUGGAGCUCCCCAAACCCGUCCCUUCCGCCGCCUCCCUUUCUACCAACGCAUUCGCCUCCACCAGCGAGAACUUCCAAGAGGCCCAAAGAAUCUUGAUCAAAGUGAACUACUGUGGCCUCUGAAGCUAUGGCCUUCGGUACAUUCUACUGAAAAAGAGCUUGGAGCAGCAUUUUCCCAAUCUUCUGCACUUUGAGGACGAGAGAGCAGCCCAGGCUACCGGGGAGUUUGAAGUGUUCGUGGACGGGAAACUGGUCCAUUCCAAAAAGAAAGGUGAUGGCUUUGUGGACGAGGUCAGGCUGAAGAAAAUUGUGGGCAUUAUCAAUGAAGAACUCAAGAGAAGGUAG